AUGAGCGGCACCACGCCCUCAUCAAGCCCCGGGUCCGGCAUGCAAGCGUCGUCGCGCGUCAAGUCCUCCCCUUCCCCUACGACAGGAACCAAGCGCAAACGCACGACGGGCAAUAAGUUGUAUGCGGUGAAGAAAGGAAACAAGCCGGGCAUCUACUACAGCUGGCCUGACUGCCUGGCGCAAAUCACUGGCUUCAAGGGCGCUAUAUUUCAAUCCUUUCUCACUUUCGAAGAUGCCAACGCAUUCCUCCUCGGCGCCAAAAUCCCCUCUGCCAAUGCCUCUGCCAAUGGGGCCGACAACCCCCGGUUCUACGGAGUCCAACGCGGGCGAGUGCCCGGCGUGUAUACGGACUGGACGGUAGCGCAGGAGCAGAUCCGCGGGUUUUCGCGGCCGCGAUAUCGCAAAUUUUCCACACGAGAAGAGGCGGAAGAAUUCGUCAAUGCUGGGAAUGAGGGAGCGUCGGCGUCACUUGACUUUGGGGUUCCCGGCUUGACGGACGAGACUCCCAAGGAUGCGGCGGGGGUGGAGUAUGCGCCGGGCGAGGGACCUCUACCCACAGGCGCGGAGGACGGGUUUGACCCUAACGUCCUGCUCGAUCCCACCACGGGCAAGAUGGUGUACAAACCCGUGGCGAAAAAGACUGCAACCAAAACGCGGGCGGCGGGGAUUCCGGGCAUGUUACGGAUUUACACGGAUGGGAGUUCGCUGCGAAAUGGCACGAAGCUCGCCUCUGCCGGGGUGGGUGUGUACUUUGGACCGGGAGAUUCAAGCAGAAAUGUCUCCGAGCCCCUCAAGGGCAGCCGACAGACCAACCAGCGGGCCGAACUGACGGCGAUCCUCCGCGCCAUCGAUAUUGCCCCUCGCCAUCGGGAUGUGACCAUUUACACGGACAGUCGAUAUGCGAUUGACUGCGUGACGGUGUGGUUUGUGAACUGGCGGCGGAACAACUGGAUGACCAAGGACAACAAGCCGGUGGAGAAUCGCGACCUGGUCGAGGCCAUCCUGGUGAAGAUCGAGGAGCGGAAUGAACUGAAGGUCAAGACCCUGUUUCAAUGGAUCAAAGGCCACAAUCGCGACCCCGGGAACGAGGCGGCGGACCAACUAGCGGUGAAUGGUGCCCACGAGGGCGUCCGGCAAAAGGCCGAGGCGCUCGAAGUGAGUCGUCGAGCGCCCGCCGCCGCACUGGGGGAGGAUUUCUUUUGA